AUGGCAGGAGAAACUCGAGAGAGCAAAUUGGCAGCAGCCAAGAAAAAGCAGGGACUGGGUGCCCCUCUGCCAGCUGAGACAGCCCACACACACCCCAGCCCUAAUGAUUGUUCUCUCUACCUCUCCCCCGACUCCUCCUCGACCUCCUCCUCUCUGCAUGCGCCUCAGAGCCCGUGCCAAGAACUACCAGCAGCCCUGGACUCGAGGUCCGUCAAAAUCAGUCAACUGAAGAAGACCAUCAAAUCCUUGAAACAACAGAAGAAACAAGUGGAACAUCAGCUGGAAGAAGAAAAGAAGGCAAACAAUGAGAAACAGAAAACUGAAAGGGAGCUAGAGGUUCAAAUCCAGACAUUGAACGUACAGAAAGGGAAACUAAGUACGGACCUGUUUCACACGAAAUGCUCGCUCAGAUACUUUGAAGAAGAGUGCAAGGAUCUGGCCGACCGCCUGCAAUGUUCAUUGCAGCGUAAAGGAGAGUUAGAGCAGGUUCUCUGUGCUGUCACCGCCACACAGAAGAGG